CCAUUGUUCCCCGUUCCACUUAAGGUAAUUUUUGCAUACGCUACUAGCAUCAAGGGUAGUUUUCCCACGGUCUCUUCUGCCUAUCGCGCCCAAGGCAUAGCAAUGCGCAUCGAAAAAUGCUAUUUCUGCUCGACAAACGUCUACCCAGGGCAUGGGUCUGCUUUUGUCCGUAACGAUGCCAAAGUAUUUCGGUUUUGCACUUCCAAAUGCCACAAAAAUUUCAAAAUGAAGCGCAAUCCUCGUAAAGUGAGGUGGACGAAAGCUUUCCGCAAGGCCCACGGCAAGGAGAUGACUAUCGACUCGACCAUUGACUUCGAGAAACGCAGAAACGUUCCAGUUCGUUACGACAGAGAACUUGUACAAACUACUAUCAAGGCAAUGAAACGCGUUGAAGAUAUCAAAAAGCGCAGGGAACACGCAUUUUGGAGGCAGAGGAUGGCUGUCGCCCGGGAAAAGAAACGUGCAUAUCGUGCAAAGAAGGCUUCAAAGGCUGUCGCGUCGGUCAAGCUCGUGGAACCCGUGGCUGUGGAGACUACACGGACAGCAGGAGCGCUGGAAAAAAUCAAAGUACCUGUCAAGGGCAAGAAUUCUCUUAUACAAGGGGAAGGCCGAUCGAUGCAAAUGGAUGUCGACUGAACUCAUCCGUCUAUCAUAGUUUCCACUGUUAUUUGUCUGUCGUUUACAUGGUUCAUGGGGGUCAACAGGAGAACGACUGUAUGUCAGCUGGAAUGUAUCUUCAUGGUACCUACAACAUGCAUGCCUGUGAAUAUAUGGCUAUAGUACAAUGUGAAUGCGACUAAUU